GGUGGUUAUUGGAAAUUCAUUUGUGUCCUGCAGACGGGGGUUUGGCAGGGUGCAGCUCUAUUUGUCAGGCUCGCCUACACAGACAUUACUACAGAAAACCUGCCCCACUUGCGCACGUAUAGGCCCAAGCCGAAUACUCUGCACUUGAACGUUGGUGCAGUGUGGUGGACCAUGGCGCGCCUGUUGCUGCUGCUUUUAGCGGCCAUGUGCUCGGCGGCUUCGGCCCAGUACUGGGAUCCGAACAUGGAGGAGGGCCGGCAGGUGAUGGUCAACCUGAUGGCCUGGAAAUGGACGGACAUUGCCGAUGAAUGCGAGAGGUAUCUUGGUCCUAACGGCUUCGGAGGCGUUCAGAUCUCGCCGCCCAACGAACAUGCCGUGUUGGAGCAUCCAUAUCAACCAUGGUGGCAGCGCUACCUGCCGGUGAGCUACGAGCUCCAGAGCCGCUCGGGCACCGAAGAUGAGCUCCGGGACAUGGUCAACAGAUGCAACUUGGCGGGCGUCCGAAUCUACGCAGAUGUUGUCAUCAACCACAUGGCCAGCGGAGAAAUGGCAAAAGGUUCUGCUGACAAUUUAUACGACCCCAAAACAUUGAGCUAUCCACAAGUUCCCUAUGCUUCCGAGGACUUCAGUGUUUACAACCUUAAAUGUCCAAGCAAGAGUGGCGGCAUCGAAGACCACAAGAAUGAAAAGGAGGUCUUCAACUGCAACCUGGCCGGUCUUCCUGACCUAGAUACCUCCGUUCACCAUGUAAGGUAUACCAUUGCCAAGUACAUGAACACGUUAAUCGAUAUUGGUGUGGCAGGUUUUCGUGUAAGCAACGCUGAGCACAUCUGGCCGAGCGACCUGGCUGCUAUUUACGAUUCUCUACAUGAUUUGAGCACAACCUUCUUUAAGGCCGGUCGCAGACCGUUCAUAUUCCAAGAAGUUAACACAGUGGGCGCGAAUGCUGACGUUAUCAAGCCUAUAGAGUACCUAGAGAUGGGAAGCGUGACUGAAUUUGAAUUUGGUCAGAUUGUGUCAGAGGCUGUUGGAUCUGGAGGCUCCAAGAUGACACUGUCCGACUUAGGUAAUAUGGAAGAUGAGUUCUUCCUGAUUCCAAGCUCCGGCGCAGUAGCAUUUGUGGACAAUCCCGAUACACAACGCGCAGAUGCCAUCACCUACAAGGAGUCACGUCUGUAUGUGGUGGCGAACGCAUUUAUGUUGGCAUAUCCUUACGGUAUCACUCGUGUAAUGAGCAGUUUUGAUUUUGGCUCGUAUGACGAAGGCCCUCCAUCGGACGAAAGUGGCGCCAUCCUGUCUCCAAUCAUCAACGAAGACGGUUCUUGUGGAAACUGGUGGGUUUGCGAACACCGUUGGCCGCCGGUGAAAAACAUGAUUGCUUUCAGGAAUGUUGCAGAUGGUCAACCGCUUUCCAACUGGUGGAGCAACGACAAUCAGCAAGUUGCUUUUGGUCGUGGUGAUAAAGCAUUCAUUGUCCUGAACAACGAGAAGGCCAAGUUCUCUGAGUUUUUGUAUACAGGACUGCCGUCUGGAGAGUAUUGUGACAUCAUCAGUGGUGACUUUGACUCGCAGUCCCGCCGGUGCAUUGGACCGGUAAUAAGUGUUGACGUCAACGGCUUUGCUACUUUCACUCUGAAUGAGGGUGGACCUCCUGUGGCUGCAAUUCACGUUAACGCUAUCGUCAGUGACAAAGACACUGAACAAAUCGUUCCUGACAAUGACUCUCUACCCCCAACUGAAGCUGUGGAUGUGAGUAGCCCUGAUAUGAAACGCACUACCAUAUUUAUUUAUAAACCAACAGCUUACGGUCAGAAUCUGUUCUUACGCGGCGGUAUGGGCGAAGGAUGCACAGAUGACUGUGAUGUCCCUAUCAGACACAUAACACCUGGUGACAAUGCACAGUACAAUGCCUGGAAGACCGGUGAUAACGUCCUAGAUUGGUAUGGUGCAGAAGACGGACAGGACACUUACGAAAACAUCUCGGCUGAAGGAACACCACUCGUCUGGACCACAAAUGACCAAAGCAACGGCGCCAGCGUGGCCACAGAUGGUUAUGGCUAUACGCCUCUGAACCAGUGGGGAGAUCACUACUGGAUGGUCGAUCUAGAAAUCGACUGUUCUAAGACCAAUAGUGGCUGGUUUGAGUUGAAGGGAUUCCUGGUGAACGGAGGAUGGGAGAAUGAUGUUUCUCAGGACGAGUCGUGCCAGGGACACCCUGGAGGAAAUAAACCAUCCACAGGUGGCAACCACUUUGCAAGAUGCGGCUUCGUCAACGUCUUCAAGUUUGAGGAAAGCGAAUGUACUAUCGACGGUUACACACAAGAGCCAAGUGAGAUGCCUAGUGAGAUGACGAAUAUACCACCAACCCCACCUCCGAUUCCACCGAUUCCGCCAACUAGCCAAAUUCCAUCCAGUGAUACAACUCCAAAUCAACCAAGUGCUGACAAUCCAUCGGGUGAUGAGACAAGUCCUUCCGAUGCGAGUGCUCCUAGUUCCACGACAGAGCGUACCACGAUAUUCAUGUACAAGCCAACAAAUUUCGGUCAGAAUUUGUUCGUUCGUGGGGGUCUUACCAAGGACUGCGCCGAUGACUGUGAUGUCCCCAUCACACAUAUUACACCCGGCGAAAAUGCACAGUACAAUGCCUGGAAAACCGGAGACAAUAACCUGGACUGGAAUGGUGCAGAGGAGGGACAGAAUGCCUACGAAAACAUUGCAGCUCAAGGAACGCCUCUCGUCUGGACCACCAAUGAUCCUAGCUACGCCGCCAAUGUGGACGCGGACGGUUACGGCUACACGCCUCUUAACCAGUGGGGAGAUCACUACUGGAUGGUCGACCUGGAAAUCGACUGUUCCAAGACUGACGGUGGCUGGUUUGAGUUGAAGGGAUUUCUGAUGAACGGACAGGGAUGGGAGAGUGAUGUUUCUCAGGACGAAACUUGUCAGGGCUCCGCUGGAGGUAGCAAACCAUUCACCAGCAACAACCAUUUUGCAAUAUGUGGCUUCGUCAACGUCUUCAAGUUUGAUGAGAAUGAAUGUACCAUUAAUCAAUACAAACAGGAAUCCAGUAGAGCCAUUCAGAGCGACUCUGGUGCAACCCCAAGUGCUGACAAUCCAUCGGGUGAUGAGACAAGUCCUUCCGAUGCGAGUGCUCCUAGUUCCACGACAGAGCGUACCACGAUAUUCAUGUACAAGCCAACAAAUUUCGGUCAGAAUUUGUUCGUUCGUGGGGGUCUUACCAAGGACUGCGCCGAUGCCUGUGAUGUCCCCAUCACACAUAUUACACCCGGCGAAAAUGCACAGUACAAUGCCUGGAAAACCGGAGACAAUAACCUGGACUGGAAUGGUGCAGAGGAGGGACAGAAUGCCUACGAAAACAUUGCGGCUCAAGGAACGCCUCUCGUCUGGACCACAAAUGAUCCUAGCUACGCCGCCAAUGUGGACGCGGACGGUUACGGCUACACGCCUCUUAACCAGUGGGGAGAUCACUACUGGAUGGUCGACCUGGAAAUCGACUGUUCCAAGACAGACGGUGGCUGGUUUGAGUUGAAGGGAUUUCUGAUGAACGGACAGGGAUGGGAGAGUGAUGUUUCUCAGGACGAAACUUGUCAGGGCUCCGCUGGAGGUAGCAAACCAUUCACCAGCAACAACCAUUUUGCAAGAUGUGGCUUCGUCAACGUCUUCAAGUUUGAUGAGAAUGAAUGUACCAUUAACCAAUACGAACAGGAAUCCAGUAGAGCCAUUCAGAGCGACUCUGGUGCAACCCCAAGUGCUGACAAUCCAUCGGGUGAUGAGACAAGUCCUUCCGAUGCGAGUGCUCCUAGUUCCACGACAGAGCGUACCACGAUAUUCAUGUACAAGCCAACAAAUUUCGGUCAGAAUUUGUUCGUUCGUGGGGGUCUUACCAAGGACUGCGCCGAUGCCUGUGAUGUCCCCAUCACACAUAUUACACCCGGCGAAAAUGCACAGUACAAUGCCUGGAAAACCGGAGACAAUAACCUGGACUGGAAUGGUGCAGAGGAGGGACAGAAUGCCUAUGAAAACAUUGCGGCUCAAGGAACGCCUCUCGUCUGGACCACCAAUGAUCCUAGCUACGCCGCCAAUGUGGACACGGACGGUUACGGCUACACGCCUCUUAACCAGUGGGGAGAUCACUACUGGAUGGUCGACCUGGAAAUCGACUGUUCCAAGACAGACAGUGGCUGGUUUGAGUUGAAGGGAUUUCUGAUGAACGGACAGGGAUGGGAGACUGAUGUUUCUCAGGACGAAACUUGUCAGGGCUCCGCUGGAGGAAGCAAACCAUUCACCAGCAACAACCAUUUUGCAAGAUGUGGCUUCGUCAACGUCUUCAAGUUUGAGGAGAAUGAAUGUGCCAUUAACGAAUACGAACAGGAAUCCAGUAGAGCCAUUCAAGCGACUCUGGCGCAACCCCAAGUGGACAAUCCAUCGGGUGAUGAGACAAGUCCUUCCGAUGCGAGUGCUCCUAGUUCCACGACAGAGCGUACCACGAUAUUCAUGUACAAGCCAACAAAUUUCGGUCAGAAUUUGUUCAUUCGUGGGGGUCUUACCAAGGACUGCGCCGAUGCCUGUGAUGUCCCCAUCACACAUAUUACACCCGGCGAAAAUGCACAGUACAAUGCCUGGAAAACCGGAGACAAUAACCUGGACUGGAAUGGUGCAGAGGAGGGACAGAAUGCCUACGAAAACAUUGCGGCUCAAGGAACGCCUCUCGUCUGGACCACCAAUGAUCCUAGCUACGCCGCCAAUGUGGACGCGGACGGUUACGGCUACACGCCUCUUAACCAGUGGGGAGAUCACUACUGGAUGGUCGACCUGGAAAUCGACUGUUCCAAGACAGACGGUGGCUGGUUUGAGUUGAAGGGAUUUCUGAUGAACGGACAGGGAUGGGAGAGUGAUGUUUCUCAGGACGAAACUUGUCAGGGCUCCGCUGGAGGUAGCAAACCAUUCACCAGCAACAACCAUUUUGCAAGAUGUGGCUUCGUCAACGUCUUCAAGUUUGAUGAGAAUGAAUGUACCAUUAACCAAUACGAACAGGAAUCCAGUAGAGCCAUUCAGAGCGACUCUGGUGCAACCCCAAGUGCUGACAAUCCAUCGGGUGAUGAGACAAGUCCUUCCGAUGCGAGUGCUCCUAGUUCCACGACAGAGCGUACCACGAUAUUCAUGUACAAGCCAACAAAUUUCGGUCAGAAUUUGUUCGUUCGUGGGGGUCUUACCAAGGACUGCGCCGAUGCCUGUGAUGUCCCCAUCACACAUAUUACACCCGGCGAAAAUGCACAGUACAAUGCCUGGAAAACCGGAGACAAUAACCUGGACUGGAAUGGUGCAGAGGAGGGACAGAAUGCCUACGAAAACAUUGCGGCUCAAGGAACGCCUCUCGUCUGGACCACCAAUGAUCCUAGCUACGCCGCCAAUGUGGACGCGGACGGUUACGGCUACACGCCUCUUAACCAGUGGGGAGAUCACUACUGGAUGGUCGACCUGGAAAUCGACUGUUCCAAGACAGACGGUGGCUGGUUUGAGUUGAAGGGAUUUCUGAUGAACGGACAGGGAUGGGAGACUGAUGUUUCUCAGGACGAAACUUGUCAGGGCUCCGCUGGAGGAAGCAAACCAUUCACCAGCAACAACCAUUUUGCAAGAUGUGGCUUCGUCAACGUCUUCAAGUUUGAGGAGAAUGAAUGUGCCAUUAACGAAUACGAACAGGAAUCCAGUAGAGCCAUUCAGAGCGACUCUGGCGCAACCCCAAGUGCUGACAAUCCAUCGGGUGAUGAGACAAGUCCUUCCGAUGCGAGUGCUCCUAGUUCCACGACAGAGCGUACCACGAUAUUCAUGUACAAGCCAACAAAUUUCGGUCAGAAUUUGUUCAUUCGUGGGGGUCUUACCAAGGACUGCGCCGAUGCCUGUGAUGUCCCCAUCACACAUAUUACACCCGGCGAAAAUGCACAGUACAAUGCCUGGAAAACCGGAGACAAUAACCUGGACUGGAAUGGUGCAGAGGAGGGACAGAAUGCCUACGAAAACAUUGCGGCUCAAGGAACGCCUCUCGUCUGGACCACCAAUGAUCCUAGCUACGCCGCCAAUGUGGACGCGGACGGUUACGGCUACACGCCUCUUAACCAGUGGGGAGAUCACUACUGGAUGGUCGACCUGGAAAUCGACUGUUCCAAGACAGACGGUGGCUGGUUUGAGUUGAAGGGAUUUCUGAUGAACGGACAGGGAUGGGAGAGUGAUGUUUCUCAGGACGAAACUUGUCAGGGCUCCGCUGGAGGUAACAAACCAUUCACCAGCAACAACCAUUUUGCAAGAUGUGGCUUCGUCAACGUCUUCAAGUUUGAGGAGAAUGAAUGUACCAUUAACCAAUACGAACAGGAAUCCAGUAGAGCCAUUCAGAGCGACUCUGGUGCAACCCCAAGUGCUGACAAUCCAUCGGGUGAUGAGACAAGUCCUUCCGAUGCGAGUGCUCCUAGUUCCACGACAGAGCGUACCACGAUAUUCAUGUACAAGCCAACAAAUUUCGGUCAGAAUUUGUUCGUUCGUGGGGGUCUUACCAAGGACUGCGCCGAUGCCUGUGAUGUCCCCAUCACACAUAUUACACCCGGCGAAAAUGCACAGUACAAUGCCUGGAAAACCGGAGACAAUAACCUGGACUGGAAUGGUGCAGAGGAGGGACAGAAUGCCUACGAAAACAUUGCGGCUCAAGGAACGCCUCUCGUCUGGACCACCAAUGAUCCUAGCUACGCCGCCAAUGUGGACGCGGACGGUUACGGCUACACGCCUCUUAACCAGUGGGGAGAUCACUACUGGAUGGUCGACCUGGAAAUCGACUGUUCCAAGACAGACGGUGGCUGGUUUGAGUUGAAGGGAUUUCUGAUGAACGGACAGGGAUGGGAGACUGAUGUUUCUCAGGACGAAACUUGUCAGGGCUCCGCUGGAGGAAGCAAACCAUUCACCAGCAACAACCAUUUUGCAAGAUGUGGCUUCGUCAACGUCUUCAAGUUUGAUGAGAAUGAAUGUACCAUUAACCAAUACGAACAGGAAUCCAGUAGAGCCAUUCAGAGCGACUCUGGUGCAACCCCAAGUGCUGACAAUCCAUCGGGUGAUGAGACAAGUCCUUCCGAUGCGAGUGCUCCUAGUUCCACGACAGAGCGUACCACGAUAUUCAUGUACAAGCCAACAAAUUUCGGUCAGAAUUUGUUCGUUCGUGGGGGUCUUACCAAGGACUGCGCCGAUGCCUGUGAUGUCCCCAUCACACAUAUUACACCAGGCGAAAAUGCACAGUACAAUGCCUGGAAAACCGGAGACAAUAACCUGGACUGGAAUGGUGCAGAGGAGGGACAGAAUGCCUACGAAAACAUUGCGGCUCAAGGAACGCCUCUCGUCUGGACCACAAAUGAUCCUAGCUACGCCGCCAAUGUGGACGCGGACGGUUACGGCUACACGCCUCUUAACCAGUGGGGAGAUCACUACUGGAUGGUCGACCUGGAAAUCGACUGUUCCAAGACUGACGGUGGCUGGUUUGAGUUGAAGGGAUUUCUGAUGAACGGACAGGGAUGGGAGAGUGAUGUUUCUCAGGACGAAACUUGUCAGGGCUCCGCUGGAGGUAGCAAACCAUUCACCAGCAACAACCAUUUUGCAAGAUGUGGCUUCGUCAACGUCUUCAAGUUUGAUGAGAAUGAAUGUACCAUUAAUCAAUACGAACAGGAAUCGAGUAGAGCCAUUCAGAGCGACUCUGGUGCAACCCCAAGUGCUGACAAUCCAUCGGGUGAUGAGACAAGUCCUUCCGAUGCGAGUGCUGCUAGUUCCACGACAGAGCGUACCACGAUAUUCAUGUACAAGCCAACAAAUUUCGGUCAGAAUUUGUUCGUUCGUGGGGGUCUUACCAAGGACUGCGCCGAUGCCUGUGAUGUCCCCAUCACACAUAUUACACCCGGCAAAAAUGCACAGUACAAUGCCUGGAAAACCGGAGACAAUAACCUGGACUGGAAUGGUGCAGAGGAGGGACAGAAUGCCUAUGAAAACAUUGCGGCUCAAGGAACGCCUCUCGUCUGGACCACCAAUGAUCCUAGCUACGCCGCCAAUGUGGACGUGGACGGUUACGGCUACACGCCUCUUAACCAGUGGGGAGAUCACUACUGGAUGGUCGACCUGGAAAUCGACUGUUCAAAGACAGACGGUGAAUGGUUUGAGUUGAAGGGAUUUCUGAUGAACGGACAGGGAUGGGAGAGUGAUGUUUCUCAGGACGAAACUUGUCAGGGCUCCGCUGGAGGUAGCAAACCAUUCACCAGCAACAACCAUUUUGCAAGAUGUGGCUUCGUCAACGUCUUCAAGUUUGAUGAGAAUGAAUGUACCAUUAAUCAAUACGAACAGGAAUCGAGUAGAGCCAUUCAGAGCGACUCUGGUGCAACCCCAAGUGCUGACAAUCCAUCGGGUGAUGAGACAAGUCCUUCCGAUGCGAGUGCUGCUAGUUCCACGACAGAGCGUACCACGAUAUUCAUGUACAAGCCAACAAAUUUCGGUCAGAAUUUGUUCGUUCGUGGGGGUCUUACCAAGGACUGCGCCGAUGCCUGUGAUGUCCCCAUCACACAUAUUACACCCGGCGAAAAUGCACAGUACAAUGCCUGGAAAACCGGAGACAAUAACCUGGACUGGAAUGGUGCAGAGGAGGGACAGAAUGCCUAUGAAAACAUUGCGGCUCAAGGAACGCCUCUCGUCUGGACCACCAAUGAUCCUAGCUACGCCGCCAAUGUGGACGUGGACGGUUACGGCUACACGCCUCUUAACCAGUGGGGAGAUCACUACUGGAUGGUCGACCUGGAAAUCGACUGUUCAAAGACAGACGGUGGCUGGUUUGAGUUGAAGGGAUUUCUGAUGAACGGACAGGGAUGGGAGAGUGAUGUUUCUCAGGACGAAACUUGUCAGGGCUCCGCUGGAGGAAGCAAACCAUUCACCAGCAACAACCAUUUUGCAAGAUGUGGCUUCGUCAACGUCUUCAAGUUUGAUGAGAAUGAAUGUACCAUUAACCAAUACGAACAGGAAUCCAGUAGAGCCAUUCAGAGCGACUCUGGUGCAACCCCAAGUGCUGACAAUCCAUCGGGUGAUGAGACAAGUCCUUCCGAUGUGAGUGCUCCUAGUUCCACGACAGAGCGUACCACGAUAUUCAUGUACAAGCCAACAAAUUUCGGUCAGAAUUUGUUCGUUCGUGGGGGUCUUACCAAGGACUGCGCCGAUGCCUGUGAUGUCCCCAUCACACAUAUUACACCAGGCGAAAAUGCACAGUACAAUGCCUGGAAAACCGGAGACAAUAACCUGGACUGGAAUGGUGCAGAGGAGGGACAGAAUGCCUAUGAAAACAUUGCGGCUCAAGGAACGCCUCUCGUCUGGACCACCAAUGAUCCUAGCUACGCCGCCAAUGUGGACACGGACGGUUACGGCUACACGCCUCUUAACCAGUGGGGAGAUCACUACUGGAUGGUCGACCUGGAAAUCGACUGUUCCAAGACAGACGGUGGCUGGUUUGAGUUGAAGGGAUUUCUGAUGAACGGACAGGGAUGGGAGACUGAUGUUUCUCAGGACGACACUUGUCAGGGCUCCGCUGGAGGAAGCAAACCAUUCACCAGCAACAACCAUUUUGCAAGAUGUGGCUUCGUCAACGUCUUCAAGUUUGAGGAGAAUGAAUGUGCCAUUAACGAAUACGAACAGGAAUCCAGUAGAGCCAUUCAGAGCGACUCUGGCGCAACCCCAAGUGCUGACAAUCCAUCGGGUGAUGAGACAAGUCCUUCCGAUGCGAGUGCUCCUAGUUCCACGACAGAGCGUACCACGAUAUUCAUAUACAAGCCAACAAAUUUCGGUCAGAAUUUGUUCAUUCGUGGGGGUCUUACCAAGGACUGCGCCGAUGCCUGUGAUGUCCCCAUCACACAUAUUACACCCGGCGAAAAUGCACAGUACAAUGCCUGGAAAACCGGAGACAAUAACCUGGACUGGAAUGGUGCAGAGGAGGGACAGAAUGCCUACGAAAACAUUGCGGCUCAAGGAACGCCUCUCGUCUGGACCACCAAUGAUCCUAGCUACGCCGCCAAUGUGGACGCGGACGGUUACGGCUACACGCCUCUUAACCAGUGGGGAGAUCACUACUGGAUGGUCGACCUGGAAAUCGACUGUUCCAAGACAGACGGUGGCUGGUUUGAGUUGAAGGGAUUUCUGAUGAACGGACAGGGAUGGGAGAGUGAUGUUUCUCAGGACGAAACUUGUCAGGGCUCCGCUGGAGGAAGCAAACCAUUCACCAGCAACAACCAUUUUGCAAGAUGUGGCUUCGUCAACGUCUUCAAGUUUGAGGAGAAUGAAUGUGCCAUUAACGAAUACGAACAGGAAUCCAGUAGAGCCAUUCAGAGCGACUCUGGCGCAACCCCAAGUGCUGACAAUCCAUCGGGUGAUGAGACAAGUCCUUCCGAUGCGAGUGCUCCUAGUUCCACGACAGAGCGUACCACGAUAUUCAUAUACAAGCCAACAAAUUUCGGUCAGAAUUUGUUCAUUCGUGGGGGUCUUACCAAGGACUGCGCCGAUGCCUGUGAUGUCCCCAUCACACAUAUUACACCCGGCGAAAAUGCACAGUACAAUGCCUGGAAAACCGGAGACAAUAACCUGGACUGGAAUGGUGCAGAGGAGGGACAGAAUGCCUAUGAAAACAUUGCGGCUCAAGGAACGCCUCUCGUCUGGACCACCAAUGAUCCUAGCUACGCCGCCAAUGUGGACACGGACGGUUACGGCUACACGCCUCUUAACCAGUGGGGAGAUCACUACUGGAUGGUCGACCUGGAAAUCGACUGUUCCAAGACAGACGGUGGCUGGUUUGAGUUGAAGGGAUUUCUGAUGAACGGACAGGGAUGGGAGACUGAUGUUUCUCAGGACGACACUUGUCAGGGCUCCGCUGGAGGAAGCAAACCAUUCACCAGCAACAACCAUUUUGCAAGAUGUGGCUUCGUCAACGUCUUCAAGUUUGAGGAGAAUGAAUGUGCCAUUAACGAAUACGAACAGGAAUCCAGUAGAGCCAUUCAGAGCGACUCUGGCGCAACCCCAAGUGCUGACAAUCCAUCGGGUGAUGAGACAAGUCCUUCCGAUGCGAGUGCUCCUAGUUCCACGACAGAGCGUACCACGAUAUUCAUAUACAAGCCAACAAAUUUCGGUCAGAAUUUGUUCAUUCGUGGGGGUCUUACCAAGGACUGCGCCGAUGCCUGUGAUGUCCCCAUCACACAUAUUACACCCGGCGAAAAUGCACAGUACAAUGCCUGGAAAACCGGAGACAAUAACCUGGACUGGAAUGGUGCAGAGGAGGGACAGAAUGCCUACGAAAACAUUGCGGCUCAAGGAACGCCUCUCGUCUGGACCACCAAUGAUCCUAGCUACGCCGCCAAUGUGGACGCGGACGGUUACGGCUACACGCCUCUUAACCAGUGGGGAGAUCACUACUGGAUGGUCGACCUGGAAAUCGACUGUUCCAAGACAGACGGUGGCUGGUUUGAGUUGAAGGGAUUUCUGAUGAACGGACAGGGAUGGGAGAGUGAUGUUUCUCAGGACGAAACUUGUCAGGGCUCCGCUGGAGGAAGCAAACCAUUCACCAGCAACAACCAUUUUGCAAGAUGUGGCUUCGUCAACGUCUUCAAGUUUGAGGAGAAUGAAUGUGCCAUUAACGAAUACGAACAGGAAUCCAGUAGAGCCAUUCAGAGCGACUCUGGUGCAACCCCAAGUGCUGACAAUCCAUCGGGUGAUGAGACAAGUCCUUCCGAUGCGAGUGCUCCUAGUUCCACGACAGAGCGUACCACGAUAUUCAUGUACAAGCCAACAAAUUUCGGUCAGAAUUUGUUCGUUCGUGGGGGUCUUACCAAGGACUGCGCCGAUGCCUGUGAUGUCCCCAUCACACAUAUUACACCCGGCGAAAAUGCACAGUACAAUGCCUGGAAAACCGGAGACAAUAACCUGGACUGGAAUGGUGCAGAGGAGGGACAGAAUGCCUACGAAAACAUUGCGGCUCAAGGAACGCCUCUCGUCUGGACCACAAAUGAUCCUAGCUACGCCGCCAAUGUGGACGCGGACGGUUACGGCUACACGCCUCUUAACCAGUGGGGAGAUCACUACUGGAUGGUCGACCUGGAAAUCGACUGUUCCAAGACUGACGGUGGCUGGUUUGAGUUGAAGGGAUUUCUGAUGAACGGACAGGGAUGGGAGAGUGAUGUUUCUCAGGACGAAACUUGUCAGGGCUCCGCUGGAGGAAGCAAACCAUUCACCAGCAACAACCAUUUUGCAAGAUGUGGCUUCGUCAACGUCUUCAAGUUUGAGGAGAAUGAAUGUGCCAUUAACGAAUACGAACAGGAAUCCAGUAGAGCCAUUCAGAGCGACUCUGGCGCAACCCCAAGUGCUGACAAUCCAUCGGGUGAUGAGACAAGUCCUUCCGAUGCGAGUGCUCCUAGUUCCACGACAGAGCGUACCACGAUAUUCAUGUACAAGCCAACAAAUUUCGGUCAGAAUUUGUUCAUUCGUGGGGGUCUUACCAAGGACUGCGCCGAUGCCUGUGAUGUCCCCAUCACACAUAUUACACCCGGCGAAAAUGCACAGUACAAUGCCUGGAAAACCGGAGACAAUAACCUGGACUGGAAUGGUGCAGAGGAGGGACAGAAUGCCUAUAAAAACAUUGCGGCUCAAGGAACGCCUCUCGUCUGGACCACCAAUGAUCCUAGCUACGCCGCCAAUGUGGACACGGACGGUUACGGCUACACGCCUCUUAACCAGUGGGGAGAUCACUACUGGAUGGUCGACCUGGAAAUCGACUGUUCCAAGACAGACGGUGGCUGGUUUGAGUUGAAGGGAUUUCUGAUGAACGGACAGGGAUGGGAGAGUGAUGUUUCUCAGGACGAAACUUGUCAGGGCUCCGCUGGAGGAAGCAAACCAUUCACCAGCAACAACCAUUUUGCAAGAUGUGGCUUCGUCAACGUCUUCAAGUUUGAGGAGAAUGAAUGUGCCAUUAACGAAUACGAACAGGAAUCCAGUAGAGCCAUUCAGAGCGACUCUGGCGCAACCCCAAGUGCUGACAAUCCAUCGGGUGAUGAGACAAGUCCUUCCGAUGCGAGUGCUCCUAGUUCCACGACAGAGCGUACCACGAUAUUCAUGUACAAGCCAACAAAUUUCGGUCAGAAUUUGUUCGUUCGUGGGGGUCUUACCAAGGACUGCGCCGAUGCCUGUGAUGUCCCCAUCACACAUAUUACAUCCGGCGAAAAUGCACAGUACAAUGCCUGGAAAACCGGAGACAAUAACCUGGACUGGAAUGGUGCAGAGGAGGGACAGAAUGCCUAUGAAAACAUUGCGGCUCAAGGAACGCCUCUCGUCUGGACCACCAAUGAUCCUAGCUACGCCGCCAAUAUGGACGCGGACGGUUACGGCUACACGCCUCUUAACCAGUGGGGAGAUCACUACUGGAUGGUCGACCUGGAAAUCGACUGUUCCAAGACAGACGGUGGCUGGUUUGAGUUGAAGGGAUUUCUGAUGAACGGACAGGGAUGGGAGAGUGAUGUUUCUCAGGACGAAACUUGUCAGGGUUCCGCUGGAGGAAGCAAACCAUUCACCAGCAUCAACCAUUUUGCAAGAUGUGGCUUCGUCAACGUCUUCAAGUUUGAGGAGAGUGAAUGCACCAUUAACCAAUACGAACAGGAAUCAAGUAGAGCCAUUCAGAGCGACUCUGGUGCAACCCCAAGUGCUGACAAUCCAUCGGGUGAUGAGACAAGUCCUUCCGAUGCUAGUGCUCCUAGUUCCACGACAGAGCGCACCACUAUAUUCAUGUAUAAGCUAGCCUAUUUCGGUCAGAAUUUGUUCAUUCGUGGGGGUGCGACUGAAGGAUGCACUGAAGCCUGUACCGUCCCUAUCAUACAUGUUACACCUGGUAAUAAUCCACAGUACAAUGCCUGGAAAACCGGUGAUGCCAUCCUAGACUGGUACGGUGCAGAGGAGGGGCAAAACUCCUAUGAAAACAUCCCAGCUGAAGGAACGCCUCUCAUCUGGACCACGAAUGACAAAAACAGCAUCGCCAACGUGGCCACAGAUGGGUUUGGCUACACGCCUCUUAACCAGUGGGGAGAUCACUACUGGAUGGUCGACCUGGAAAUGGACUGCUCUAAGACAGAUGGUGGGUGGUUUGAGCUGAAGGGGUUCCUGAUGAAUGGAGAGGGUUGGGAGAGUGAUGUUUCUCAGAUAGAGUCUUGCGAGGGCUCCGCCGGAGGCAGCAAACCUUUUACCAGUAACAACCACUUUGCCAGGUGCGGUUUCAUCAACGUUUUCAAGUUCGCUGAAAACGGAUGCAUCAUUGACACCCUGUAGUGCUUCAACUGGCCAAUUCAUAAUCUAGGAAUUUAACCCUACGUCAGAAGACAAAGUUUCUUUCAUCCAUAGAUAUAGAUUAUUGACAACAGUUCAAAUGAAGCUUUAAGCAUGAUUUUUAGAAUAUAAAUGUUAGUGUCAUUCUUUUAUGCGUACCGCGUUUCCACUACAAAGCUAGCUAUGGUUAUUUAUUUUGACGUCAAUGUAAACCUCCAAAAACACUAUCAAUUACAAAAUAUAAGUUAAUUGCAUAAUGGUAAAAAGUGGGGAUAAAAACGUGGGAUGGUUCCACCCAGAUUUUCAAGAUGAUUGCAUGCCAUUUUCUUUUUCAAGAUAACCAGGACACGUUUGGUCUAUAAACGGCAAAAGUAGAAGUCUCUUCCAUUAUGUAUUCAACCUUUUACAGUUUUAGAAUAUUCACCACAGUACAGUGGAUUAAAAACAAAAACUGAAUAAUGACAGUUAAAAACUGUCCAAUAUUGUUUAAAAUGAUUGAUGUCAUAGCCAAAGUGAAUUAAGUGUGACAAUAUUGGUGGUGGUUUUGAUUUUCUCUGUAUAAUUUCGGGUUAAAUUAAGGGUUCGGGCUAAAUUAAGGGUUUGUUAUAAACUAGCAAAAGUUGAUUGGUCAAUUGUUUGCCAUGGUGUUGGUUAGAAGUGGUUAAGGGUUAAUUACAUGUAGGCAUGUUCAAUAUUAAUUUUCUUUUCUUUAUUUGUUUUUGCAAUUUUUGGAAGCGGUCACUGUGCGUUAUAUAAAUUGUUGGACACGA